CCGCACUGUGUGAACACGGUCCCAGAUGGGUUUUUCGGACUGGGUCUGGUCGGUUUGGACCAAUCUCCGGUUAGGGCAGCACCAACCGCAGAUGAUCGGAGUCUGACACGAACAGGAUCGCCUUGGAAACGGAUCCUGACGGUCCCUCCUCCUCCCGUCAGGGAUGUUCGGUACACGGAUCAGCUUCUUACUCCCCUUCUGACCCAUCGGCACCAGAGACUCAUGAUGAACCCCGCCAGCCUGCGGACAGACUGGUUUGGACAGCUGGAGGAUCUGCAGGAUCUGGUUUUCAUCGAGAGACCGAUCCGUCGGAGUCUGAAGACGGCUGAGGAGAUCGACCAGCUGACUGUUGAUGAAGACCUGAAUGACAUUGAGCGAGCAGUCUACCUGCUCAGUUUGGGACAGGAGGUGCAAAGGGCUAGUGUCAUUAGCAACUUGCCCAGCCUUGUCCGGCAGAACCCUGCUGAGACCUUUCGUCGGGUUGUACCAAAGGUUAGGGAAGUGCUUAAUGGCUGUGGACUCGACAUUCAGCUGGCAGCGGCAGCGUCUUUCUUAAGCGUACUGCAGGAUGACAUCAUCCUCAUCCAUACGCACACAUACUCCAUCCUGAAGAUCAUCCUGCUGCACCUUAACCACAGAGACCCAGUGGUGGCUAACGCCUGGUUGGAGACGCUGCUGUCAGCUAUUGAUGUGUUGCCAAAGGAGACCAUCAAACAGGAGGUUUUGAACCCCCUCCUGUCUCAGUCUCAGCUGUCUCAGCCUCUUCACACUCGUCUGGCCAGCUGUCGGAUUUUGGGGAAAGUUGCGUGUCGAUUAGAUUCUCAAACAGUGAAGACAGAGUUGCUGCCAUUGGUCUGGACUUUAUGCCAGGACGUGGAGUACGAGGUUCGCGCCUGCAUGUGCCACCAAGUGGAGGGCUUAGCCAGGGCCAUGGGGGCGGACGGCACCAGGACGAAACUCAUUCCUGAACUGCUGGUGCUCACUGCAGAUGUAGAGAGCAGUGUCCGCCUAGCCUCCUUCAACACCAUCACCAAUUUGAUGGACAUGAUGGAGAGCGAUGAGAGAAUCCAGGUCGUAGUUCCUCUGCUGAUGUCACUGUGUGAGGCUUCGUCACCACUUGAUGAGGCAAACGAGGCUGCUGUAGCAUCUUUGUCCUUUCAGUUUGGGAAACUCUGCAGUGGAUUGACAGACUGUCUGUCAGAAGAGCAGAGGGGUCGGUUGCUGCACACGUUUAAGUUACUGUGUGUUGCUGGUCUGCAGGCUGAAGGAAAUCACACUGAGGAGUCAACACUGAUCCGCUGCAACUGCUGCUACAACCUGCCGGCCAUGGUUGUAUUUGCUGAUCCCACCCAGUUCCCAUCAGAACUUUAUCCAUCUUUCAGCAGUCUUUGCUGUGACCCAGAGGACAGCGUUCGCAGAAGUGCUGCAGCCAGUUUCCACCAGGUGGCGAAGUUGCUCGGUUCUAAUGUCCAGCGUGUUGACAGAGAGCUUGUGGCUCUGCUGCAGGAUGAUUCUCUGGAGGUGUUGGAUGCACUGAUAAACCACCUGGAGGAGACUCUAGAAGCAGUUCUGUCAAGACAAGAAGCUCCAAUACUGGACCACAAGGCAGCUUUUCAGUUUUCUGAGCUGCUGUCAGCUUUGUUGCUCGCUGAGCAGAAAGUUGGACGUUCGCUACGGUGGCGUCUACAUGAGAAACUGCUGCAGCGCUACAGCUGCCUUGCCAGACUACUUCCUGGAGAGCUACUGCACCAGAAUUUCUCCUCAUGUAUCUUCACCAUCCUCACCACCAAUAAGGUUCUACCGGUGCAGAAGGAAGCAGCUCGUAUGUUCUGCACAUUCCUACGCUUCAACCGCAAACAGGAGCAACGACAGGAAAUGAUGGAUCAACUGAUUGACGAUCUUGCUCAGGGGCGGAGCUACUGGAACCGUCUGAGGUUCCUUGAUGUCUGUGAAACAGCUGCUGAGAUUUUUUCCAGGAAAUACUUCAACAGAUACUUCCUGCUGCCAGCACUGGAGCUGGUCCAUGACCCAGUGGCUAAUGUCAGGUAUAAGCUCUGCCAUCUGUUGCCAAGGUUACGUUCAUGUCUCCGCCUUCCAGCCGAUAAACAGCUGCUUCAGCAGCUGGACUUCUGUGUGCAGAAACUCCUGUGCAGAGAGAAAGACAAGGAUGUGGUGGCAACCAUCCGCAAGAUGGUGCUGGAACUGGACAAACUGGACAUCACGGAUCCAUUUCACAAGCGGCAGGAGAGAGCUUUACUGGACCAGAAGAAGGAGCUGGAAGAAAGCGUUCUGCUGGAGAUGGAACAGUUGGAACGGCAGCAGAAUAAAACCAAACUCAACUCAGAAAAAGUCACAGAGAAGAAACGAAGAGACAAGACAAAUCUGGCAGCAACUAAAUCCUUGUCUGUGUCAUCCUCUGGUGCACCCCUGUCCUCCUCUGGGAAGGAGUCGAGGAAGGCCAAACUGUCCCGGAGCCGGUCCCUCAGCAGUCAGCCCACAAGCUCCAAAGCCACCAGCUCAGACAGACCCGUGAAGGUUAAAGAGCUGAGCGGAGCUUCUGGAGCCAGGAAGUCAUCCGUGUUACGCAGCAAAGAUGACUCUCUAAGGACCGCCCAUUUCCCCAUGGCAACCAUUUCUCCAACUCUUUCCACCCCAUCCAUGCCGGUCCUGAUCCGAAGCAACACCUCCAGCCUCCUGGACCGGCCCAGCACUUUGGAACACAAAAGCAGUUCAGUGGAGCAGAGAAACAGUAUCAAGGAAUAUCGGACCAGUGCUGUGGAACCAAAAGCCAGUACUCUGAAUAACAGAGGCAGUACCAAGGACCACAGGAUCAGUUCUGUGGACCAGCACAGUAAGACAGCAGAACAGCACAGCAGUGGAACAAAGGACAACCCGUCCAGAAAGCUGUCUGUAACCCGCAAGUCCAACUCUUUCAGUGUGCCGUCAGGACGAGAGUGAGGACCCUGAUGUCAUCAUGCCUCCAUCAGCCAAUCAUCAGGUCCACAUAUUUUGCUUCAGUCGUGGUUCAU